UUUUGUACGUGGCACAAGAGGAGCAAUUCUAGCUAUGUAUUGUCAUUACACGUACCGGCGUCACCAUCAGAUGAGGAUCAACGCUGCGCUUCGAAGAUGGGUGUGCACGAACCGACAUUGCUCUGCGUACAUCGUGAUAGACGAUAGAGGCACCGUUGAAAACGCAAUUCAUAAAGAUGAUGAAUGGGAACACUUUAGUGAUGCUUAACGGCUUCACUUACGGCAAGGAUCGGGAACUGAGGACCGGGAUUAGGUGGAAGUGCUCCCAGUGCUCCUCGAAGAGCUGUCAUGCCUACGUCAUAGUGGGCUAUGAUGGGACAUACGUCAAACAAGUCGAGAACCACACACACCCACCAGGCAAAUACCACCGCAGUGCCGAAGGAAUAUAUUGUAAAGUCGGAGUAUAUACGCACACAUAACGGCAGAUAUUUGGUCUUCCUCAACGGUUUCACCUAUUGCAAGCACUAUCGGUUGAAGGUGGGAGCCAGACGGUGGCAGUGCUCCAUGCAUGCGUCCAAGAACUGCUCAGCCCACCUUAUCAUCAGCGACGACGGCUGCAUCAGGAGGAGGAACGAGACCCAUAGUCAUCCGCCGUCGAAGUACUAUAGGAAUAGGGACGGGUCGUAUAUUAGAGUUGGAGUUUAUAAAAAUGGAUAAGAAAGGCAAGACAUUGGCUUUGCGGAAUAGCUACACCUACUUCAAGCACUACAAAGUGAAGUCUGGAGUCAGGUGGCAGUGUACCAGGCACUUUUCCCAGAACUGUUCCGCUUUCCUUGUAGCAGAUGAAGAAGGAUACGUCUUGAAGAGCAACGAAGAGCACACGCACGCUCCCUUCAAGUACUUCAAGAAUGACAGCGGGAUCUAUACCAAAUAUUAGAAUAAUAAAUACUAUGUAACUUUAACUAGAUUAUUCAGGGGGCGUAGUGUGAAUUUACGUCAAACGCACUCGAUGUCAACUGCGUAAAAAAGUGAUAUUAAAUGUAUGACGGAUUGUACAGCGGAAACUUUCAAGAACUAAAAUCUUCAUUUUUUUUUAACGCGCUCACUAGUGACGACGAUUGAUGUAAACUCACACUAAGCCCUCAGACAGCAUCGCUUCAUACUAGCAAAUAUGUUCCUAGUAUAGUACCAAAUUGUCAUAGUGAUAGAUAUAAAUCUUUAUCGCAUCAUGUUGGAUCAAUUUAUAUACUGCAAUAUACAAUUGGAUCUUAAUUACAGUCCCGAAACAUGACCCUAAGGUCAUUGCAUUUUAUCACAAUCAGUUGAAAUAGAGAAGAGCUUUUUUAUACACGCUUAAUGUAUUUUACAUGAAUAAGUAGCAAAUUAAUGUAACUUUUGUCCUAAUUUUACGAGUAAUUGUCGGAAAGAAUGGACCAUAACUGAAUUACGUAUAUUAUACUUAACUAGUCUCUUUUUUACCAAAUAUGAAAUGUUUUUGUUCGUGUGUUGUCACGUUGUGUGUAUGUGUAAGUGGUAUUUAGCCCACCAAAUAAAUUAUCUAUUGAA